AUGUCAGUUCUCACAACAGAUCUUCGACCUCACCUCGCUCUUGUGACCGGCUCUUCCGGCGGGAUUGGGAAAGCAACUUGUCUCGCUCUCGCCUCGAUGGGCUGCUCAAUUGCGGUACAUUAUCACUCAUCGACAUCAGCUGCGGAGGAGCUGGUUAAAGAACUCAGAACUAAAGGAGUCAGAGCCGAGGCAUUCAAGGCUGAUCUGACCAAAUAUGAUGAAAUCUUGAAUAACGAUGUCACAACUCAUCAGGUUCGCACACUUCAUGCCGAGGUAGUAAAAAGUCUUGGAAAUCCGACUAUCCUCUUCAACAACGCCGGCCUCACCCUGAAAAGCGGCAUCAAGUCAAUCACUGAAAUCAGCAUCGACGAGUUCGAGCAUACUUGGCGUGCCAACUGCGGAUCAGCAUUUCUCAUGACGCAGCUGUGUUUACCUGAAAUGGAGAAAGCUGGUUGGGGAAGAGUGAUCUUCUGCUCGAGUGUUGCCGGCUUCAAUGGAGGGGUUGUCGGUCCACAUUAUGCGUCAUCGAAAUCUGCCCUACAUGGUCUCGUACAUUGGCUUGCAAGCGCUUAUGCUAAGUCUGGCGUUACCGUGAACGGUGUUGCUCCAGCUCUCAUUCAAGAUACGACCAUGCUUCCCGGGAAUAACGAGGAGCUUGCGAAAAAGAUUCCAAUUGGGCGUUUAGGAUAUCCAAUCGAGGUAGCAGAAACUGUUGUGUGGAUGGUGAAGACCGGAUAUGUGACGAACAAGGUGGUUGGUGUUGACGGCGGGUUCUUCGUGCAGUGA